AUGUCGGACUUUGCAUUCAACAACUAUUGCAUCCACUGUGACAAAUUGUGUCCUUCCAACUCGGCCUACUGCUCGGACGAGUGCAAGAUUAUAGAAUAUCAAACAUCCUUGGGGUCACUCGAGUCUAGAAACUCGACGUCUUCCUCGUCAUCUUUGUCGGCAGCGGCAUCAGCAUCUCAUUCACAUCACAACGCAUCCAACACGUCCACCCUGAGUCUAUCGAAACCACUACAGUCGACCUCGGACUUGUCGCUAGAUACAAGCUCGGAAUUGGUGUCGCCCUUGUUGACGCCCGCCCUAUAUUUGCAACAGCAGCAGCAGUUGUUGCAGCAGCAGCGACGUUGCCACAGCCACAUGGACGCGUCGCCUUUUCUGUUGCAGCAAGCUGAAGUUGAAACGACUGACGACUAUUACGACUUAAACUAUUUUGACUUGAACUACUCGGUUCGCUCAAACACCAACUACACUAAGGAAACUCCCUCAACUAGCAGCAACAGCAAACAGCGCGAUUUGCUCAACUCAACCUCGCAUAAUUAUAGAAAAUGGUUAACUACCGCCUUGUAA